AAAUUUUUUACUAAGACCACAAAAUGUGUAAUCAAUAAUAUGACUUCUCCAUUGCUAAUAAAGGGUAGAGAUGUCACAUGUUGACGCAGAAGUACUCUCCGUUAAUUCCUCGAACGUUUAAAGCGUAGCGUCAACUUCAAGUCAAACAGCACAUUUAGGCAUUUUGUAACCUAAAGGAAAGAUGGCAGAACGCAAGGUGCUUAAUAAAUACAUACCUCCGGAUUUUGAUCCUGCGGCGUUGCACGCCAAUCGUGAUAUUUUGCGCAAUGAUGGCUACGGCCGUGGUAAGACAACUUUUGCGAGACGUAUAAAGGGUGGAAUGAGUGCUAGGAUGCUUGAUAUACGCAUGAUGUUCCCAUUUACAUUUAGAUGUGAAAGUUGUCGUGGUUUCACAUACAUUGGUACCAAGAUGAAUUCCAAAGUGAUGAGAUUAAAGGAAGAUACAUAUCUUGGUAUUGAGAAACAUAGGUUUUUCGCUAAAUGUCCUCAUUGCAGUCACCAAAUUAUAUUUAAGACAGAUCCACAACACGGAGAUUAUCUCUUGGAAUCUGGUGGUACUCGUACAUAUGACGCUCAUAGAGAUGCGGAGCUGGCAGCGGAGGCCAUAUCUAAAGACGAAGACGAAAGGGCCGAAAACCAGGAUAAAACAGAAAAAAUGAUAGAGAAAGCAGAUCAUGCUUACGCUGAGUAUGAAGUAUUAGAACGAUUGACUGCUUUAAAAAGAAGGGCAGGUAGGAUGAGAGACCGAGAAAAUGCGGCAGAGUUAAGUCUACAACAGAUACUGAAGGAGAAAAAAAUUAACUUUGAAUCAGGUGCGAACGAUGAAGACAUUGCACUGUUUCAUAAAGAACAAGAGGAAAUGUAUCGCAAAUACGCCGAAGCAGAUGACAAUGCCAUUACUUCGGUGUGGUGCUCUGACACCGCUGAACAAGAGGUACCCGUGUCGAUUGAAGAGGAAAUUGAAAAUGAUGCACCGGAAGAGUUGGAUGAAAUUAACACAUCCUUUGUCACAAAUAAUGGGAAUACUAUUAUAAGAGCCUCGGCGAUUACCGUAAAGCAUCUACCUGCAGUGGCCGUUAAGAAACCAUGUCUUACAAUAGAUAAUCCAUUCGGAGGGUAUGACAGCGAUUGACUAGUUGUGUCGAACGUUAGACUUAUUGUACUAUAAUCGCAUUUACAU